CGUUUUGGAUUAUCAGUAUCUUCCAACUUCCGAGCUCUCUCAUGGCUUCCACCAUUGAAUCUGGCUGGCUAUAUCUGAUGACACAUUUCAGUGAUUUCCAACUAGCUAGUUUGGGAAGUUUCGUUCUUCAUGAAAGCGUUUUUUUCUUAUCCGGACUUCCAUUUAUAUAUCUCGAAAGAGCUGGAUUGCUAAGCAAAUACAAGAUUCAGACAAAAAACAAUAGCCCUACUGCUCAGGAAAGAUGUAUCAAUCGCCUGCUUUUGUAUCAUUUUAGCGUCAACCUACCGCUUAUGAUUGUCUCGUAUCCUGUCUUCAGAUUCAUGGGAAUGAGAAGUAGUCUACCACUGCCAUCCUGGAAAGUGGUCCUGACUCGGAUAAUAUUCUACUUCAUCCUGGAGGAUUUCGUGUUCUACUGGGGACACCGUGUUUUACAUACAAAAUGGCUGUACAAGCAUGUACACAGCGUCCAUCACGAAUACGCUACACCAUUUGGACUGACAUCAGAAUAUGCUCACCCUGCCGAGAUAUUGUUCCUUGGUUUUGCUACAAUUGUUGGUCCUGCCAUAACCGGUCCACAUCUGAUUACUCUCUGGUUGUGGAUGGUUCUUAGAGUCCUCGAGACAGUUGAAGCACAUUGCGGUUACCAUUUUCCAUGGAGCCUCUCGAAUUUUCUACCUUUAUAUGGGGGUUCUGAUUUCCAUGACUAUCAUCAUCGUUUGCUUUAUACAAAAUCUGGCAACUAUUCAUCGACAUUCGUUUACAUGGACUGGAUAUUCGGCACCGAUAAAGGCUACAGAAAAUUGAAAGCACUAAAACACAACGGAGUUGAAGAUGACAGGAAGCAAACAUAAUGGAGAAUACUAGUUCUGGGGAAAAAGGUCGUCGGUGCAUCUUCGUGUGCGGUCCUCAGUUUUCGUGGUUAAGCGAUGUUCAUGUUUACAGCCAUAUGCUAUGCGGAAUCAUUAGACGUAUUUUAUUGGACAUUUUAUGAUCCCUUUAUUUCUGUGGAUGAAUGAACUUGAUGUUCUACUCUAAGGUAACCAAUUGUUUUCCUUUGAAAUCAUUUUCUAAGGUAAUCAUUGUAGAUUUUGGAUGUUGAAUGUUUGAAUGAUGUUCAAUGAUUUAACAUUUGUUGGUUU